UUUUAUCCGCUUUUGCAGCCUUGCAGAAGCUGCUCUGCCUCCCUCUCUCCCUUCCUUUUCAGGUCCUGCACCCUUCAUUAAUUUGGUCUCUGCACCUUUACUAGCAGCCAGAUCCUCAGUCCUAGUUUCUUUUUCUUUUUUGGGGUGGUGGGUGGGGGCGCUCUGUCUACCUUUCCCUUCAGUAUUGCUAUCUGUGCUGCCUCCUUUUACAAACCAACAAACAACCCCUCUUUCAGGCUAGGCCCUAUUAGCCAAGUCUCUGUCAAUCUCCCCUCCUGUGCAACACGUCUCUGGUCACCCUCUGCCCUGGGGGGUUCUGCUGCCUCUGGUGGCAGUAGCUAGCAGCAUGGUAGAGAAGCGGUGUCCACGACUGCAGAGAGAGAGUGUGUACCGCUGGUUUUCUGAGCUGCCUUCUCCUCAACGAGUGGAGUUCCUUUGUGGCCUGCUGGACUUGUGCAUCCCACUUGAGUUACGUUUCCUGGGAGCCUGCCUAGAGGACCUGGCCCGCAAAGACUAUCACUCGCUGCGGGAUUCCGAAAUCAAGGCCAAUAACCCAGCUGAUCUGGGCAGCCUCACCAACCUGACAGAUGAGGUGGUGCGCAGCAAGCUCUUGGUCUCACUUGCACUCCUGGGCUCAUCCCACCGGGAAGCAGCUGGCGUCCUCUUCCGCACACUCACCCAUAUUGACUCUGUCAUCAACAACUAUGGACUGCAGCUCAAUGAGGGCCGGACUGGGGAUGAGUUUUUGCUGCUCUUCACCAUGGCCUCCAACCAUCCUGCCUUCAGUUUCCACCAAAAGCAGGUGCUGAGGCAAGAGCUCACCAAGAUCCAAAACAUCAUUGCCAGUACUAGCAAGAGUCCCAGCACUCCCACAGCUAGCAACAUGGGAACUUGUCCUGGUUGCCACAAGGUCACUCCAAGAUCUGAGACCCCCAUAAACAACAUCGGUAACAGUUUAGAAAAUGCACUACAUACAUCAGCACAUUCCAUUGAGGAGUCAUUACCCAAGAGGCCUUCAGGGAAACACUCCAAAGUGAGUGUUGAAAAAGUGGAACUAAAGGGAUUAUCGCACAGGAAGAAUGAUAGGAACUUUGAAUAUUCCUUUGAGGUCUUAUGGUCUGAUUCUUCAGUGACAUUGGUAACAAAGUCUUCUGCUGAAGUGGCUGAAUUCAUUUCAAAGUUAGGUCAAAUGUACCCAGAAGAAAAAUUGGAGAAAUUCAUUCCAUGCCUAGCUGGUCCAGAUUCAUUUUACUUAGAAAGAAACCACAUGGACCUGGAAUCGGACCUUAGGUAUUUGGCAUCAUUACCUUCCCACAUCUGGAAAAAUGACCACGUCAAGAAAUUUUUCAGCACUUCAUCUCACUCCCAGCAAUUUCAAAGUUCAAGUCCAGGCAACACUUCCCUUUAUAAAGUAGGUACGACGCUGGGUGCUUCCGGAAGACCUAUAUGUGGCGUAGCUGGUAUCCAGUCUUCACAGAACAGUCUCCAGCAUCAUGUGCAGCAUCCGGCCGCUACACCUGUUGCACUCCCCCACUGCACUCAUACAGGUGGGGCUGCAUCCUCACUCACUUGCCGCUCCCAGUUGGAGAACUCUUCAUCGGUAUUGACUCCCAGUCCUCAAACCCCCCAGGAACAAAAUGGGAUUUUAGACUGGCUGCGGAAACUACGCUUGCACAAGUACUAUCCUGUUUUCAAACAGCUCUCAAUGGAGAAGUUCCUGAGCCUUACUGAAGAAGAUCUGAAUAAAUUUGAAUCCCUUACAAUGGGUGCAAAGAAGAAGCUCAAGACCCAGCUGGAGUUGGAAAAGGAAAAGUCUGAGAAACGGACCCUCAAUCCAGCUACAUCCCCUUCCUUGAGCACUGGGGUGGCCAGAGUUCCUCCUACCACUCAUAUUGGUCCUAUCCAAAGCAUUCGUGGUAACCAUACAGCAGAGUUACGUGUUGAUGUUGAUCAGCCAACCCUCUCAACCCCCCGCGAAGGAAGCUCUUCAGAAUACUCCAGCUCCUCUUCUAGCCCCAUGGGAAUCCAUACCCGGGAGGAGAGCUCAGACAGUGCUGAGGAGAAUGAGAGACGUAAGAAAAGCUGUCUCGUUGUGUUGCGGCAUCUAACGCAUUUAAGUGACUGGUCGUACCUGACAUCUGUCUAUCUUGUAGGUUUAGAGGUCCACUUGGAAGCCUCAGAAAAGGAGAAGCCAGUAAUGUUACUGAAUCACUUCAACUCCAGCUCAGCCAGGCCCACUGCUCAGGUUUUACCAGUGCAGAAUGAUGCCGGUUCCAGUCCAUCCGGUCACCACACCUUGCCGGUACAGAUGAUGGCUGCGGGCUCCCCUCACAUCACUCCAAUUAGAAUACUGAACUCUAUGCACAAAUCAGAGCGAGGGAAUACAGACAUGAAGCUCCUUUCGUCAUCUAUGCACUCACUUUUGUCUUUAGAAGACAGGACAAAAUUCUCACCUGGCACACCUCGAAGUGGCAUCAAAAUGGAGAAGAGCUUUGGAAGUACUGUUGUAGAUGGGAUGCCAGCCUCUCCCCAUCAGCCCAUGCAAGUGCUCUCUGGAGUUUCUGAAAAUGGCUCCUCUACACCUUCAAUUAACUUUGGUCCAAGGACCAAAAUGGUACAUGCUUCCACUCUAGACAGAGUGGUGAAAACAACCCAGCAGCCGGGAAUAAUAGUGGAAACAAGCACCACAGCCACUGUAACUUCCAGCUCCAUCUUCCAUGUGGCACGACCCCCCAUAAAACUCCUGGUAUCCUCUUCAGUUCCUACUGAUUCAACCAUUGUGGGGCAGUCUUCCUGCUCUAGUAAUAUGCAAUUCAGUGUGUCCCCAGCAAUAAUAAACCCCCGGACUGCUCUCUAUACAGCCAAUACCAAAGUGGCCUUUUCUGCCCUGAGCAGUAUGCCAGUAGCCCCAAUGCCCAGCAGCAGCUUCUGUGCAAAUAGCAACACUGCCUCUUCUAGCAGUCACCCCUCCACAUCCUUUGCAAAUAUGGCAAACCUACCCAGUUGUCCUGCUCCCAGCUCCAGCCCCACGCUUUCAUCAGCUGCCGAGAACAAUUUCUACAACAGCAGUAGUAGUGGCUCAGGAGGAAGUAUCCCAGUACCAAAUCAGAAUCACCACCAUCACCACCACCAUCAGCAGCAGCCUCCUGGAUGCAUGGUGUGCAGUUCCUGUGGCUGUAGCGGGAACUGUGGUUCAAGCGGCAUGACUGUCAGUUAUGCUAAUUACUUCCAGCACCCCUUUUCCGGACCGUCAAUGUUUACUUUCCCAUUUCUGCCCUUCAAUCCACUGUGCAGCAGUGGCUACAUCAACACACAGCAGUACAACAGCAGCUCAGCUUUCCCUAUGGUUCACUCUCCUUACAACAGUGGCAUAACACCAGACUCUGUCAUGAGUGGGCAGUCUACGUUUGCAGUGCCACCAAUGCAAAGCUUUAUGGCAAGUACAGCAGGGGUGUAUCAAGCACAGGGGAUGAUGAGCAACAACAGUGGUACAGGCCAUAAAAAGAAUGGGAAUCUGUCCUGUUACAAUUGUGGAGCCAGUGGUCACCGAGCUCAAGACUGCAAGCAGCCACCAAUGGAUUUCAAUCGACAAGGUACAUUUCGGUUAAAAUAUGCUCCACCAGCUGAAAGUUUAGAUUCCACAGAUUGACAGUAACUCCAUGGACUUCAUUUUUUGUGAUGGCAAAAGCCCAUGGAGUAAUUACGGAAUUUCAAAUUGGAAUCUGAGAAGUCCACUUGUUGAGCUUAUUAACAUUAUUUUUUUAAUCCAAAGGUGCUCUACUUCACUACACUAGGAAGAAACUGAAGCUUAGGGGUUUAUCAAACCCAUUUUUACUGAUUUGCCAAAAUUAUAACAUGGAUCUUAAAUGUUGGACCUUCCAGAUGGGAGGUGAAACUGGCCAACUACCCUUUUUGUUGUAAACAAACUCCUGCACUUUUGCUGAAGAAUGUUGCCAUACUUCGAUCUUCUGUGCUGGAAACUCGAACUCCCGGGCAGCUAUGUUGUAAUCUGGAGUGAGAGCUAGAGGUUGACGGUACAGUAGCCAUUUGCCUGCUGGACUCUGACAUUUGAGGCUAGGUAAACAUGUCUACUUUUUCUCAAAAACAAAUCAGGCACUACACUCUGGGAUUUUAAAGGAUUGCACUACAGAAGAAUGUAUAAUUCUAUCUGCACUUUUAGCAGACUGAGAUCAGUGCGAGAGACGUUCCAAUGGUUGGAAAUAGGCACCAGCAGGCUAUGUGAACUUCUAAUAAAGAAAUCUUAACCCUCCCUCUCUUCCAAAAGAAAAAAAGGUAGAAGUUUCAAUUCAUUCUAGAAAUGGUUAUGCAAUGCUUGUCGGCAUUUAUUUGUCAGUCAUGGAUUAAACUUACGUUUCUAAGGGUCUAGUGCCAGAGACUGAGCUCAAACAGGUCUUUUAAAAAAUACUUUUCCUCUACAACUUUCAAAUCUUACCAUAUAUUUAGUUUCUGCCACAGGAAACAGUACUCUACCUUUGAAAGCCAGUUUUAAAACACAGACUCCUGCAGCAGAGUUUGCAAGUUGUUGCUUUACUUUGCAUAGCAAAAGUCUUUCUACAAGGGCUCUUGCUUACAGGAUAUAGAAGUCACAAAGUAAGAAACAGCUGUACAUCUUAACCACAACUCGGGUUUGUAGUCUGCCUCCUUCAUUUGAAAUACGUAGAGUAUUGGCUUCGAUGUUAACUAGUUAGAAUUCUUUUCCACUGACUAAAGCCAGCAAAGCUCAGAACUGAAACAUUGUAGACCUACCUGGUCAAAAGGAGGCAUACCUUUUUGUAUUCAUGCUGAAUUGGUUGUAGCUAUCUUCUUUCAUUGAUAGGGCUGAAGUUUAAACUGCCUCACAUGGGACAUUUUAGUGGCUGUGCACAAUGUUACUAUGGAAGUGGCAAAUGAGUAUUUCUGCUUCAAGGUAUUGUAUGGUUGAAGGUGCAGGGAGGUGGGGUUGGCUGCAUAUCCAUGAGGUAGUAAAACAGUGGAUCUUGUGGAAAUAAUGGUAGUAUUGGCAGAAAACCAGGUACUCCACUAUUGUUUUCUAUAUCAUCAGAGAUAAGCUCUAUUAUCCUUACCUGUUGCCUUUAAAAAACAAACUGGUUUAUUCUCUUGGGUGUAGGCAUUCAACGGGUUUUGCAUAUUCAACUCUGGGAGAAGCUUAGCAUGAGCUUCCUGCCAUUUCUCAGCUUCAUAGAGACCCAAGUCCAAAGUUGUAAAAACACAUGGUUUGUAGCAGCCCUACAUCCAACUUCAGUUAUUUCUAUGCAAUGAAGUGCUAGACUUUCAUAUCCUGUUUGGCUUUACCAAAACAGUAUUACAUAUAGGGUUAGAUCCAGCCCAUGAUUUUUAAUUAUGCUUGUAAUGACUGAACCUCUAAGACGGCUAAUAGAAGUGGAUACUAUUAGGAAACUUGUAGAACUACAAGAGGUAAUGAGAACUGACAGAGCAAUUUACUUUGCCUUAAUGACCCUGAUUGACAUCAGCAGAAACAUGCCACUCUGUACUAAAUCUGUCAGUUAUUGUUUACUCUUAAAAGUUGGGAGCCUUUCCAUUGGCCCAAAAUGUGCUAAAAGCAAAAUGUAUCGGUUCUUAAACAGAAAUAACCCAACACCAUACAAAC